UCUGUCAAAAUGGCCCUCAACAUCACAGCUGAUCCAUCUCCUGAUAGCCAAAUUGCCCUUGGACGAGAUAUCCUGAACGACCGAAAGAGUCUUUUCCACUGUUUUUACGCGUCGUCAGAUACAGCCAUCCAACAAAUCCAGAACUCAAUCAAGGACCCAGUCAAUCUCCAGCAAAUCUUGACCUACGCUGUCGCCUAUAUCGAUCAAGGAGUGUCAGUCUCCAAUGACGAACGGAAGCAAUAUGAAAUCCUCGUGAAGCGAUAUGGUGCGGCCGAGGAGAAAAUCAAGAAAGACCAAGGCAAGUUGCAAGUCCUCAACGAGAAAUUGAAAACACAAGAUGCUCGGAUCAUAGAGCUCGAGAUCAAACUUGCGGCUCAUGAAAGAGUCUACCCUAAGAUUCGACCUGUAUCAAAUACCGAGGCCCAGCAGGGCCAGGUCUCGCUCACUCCUGUGGAGGCACAGUUGGUAAACGCACGACAACAGCUUGCAGAAAAAACCUCUCUCUUAGAGGAAAACCAUGAGAAAUAUGAACAUAUGCUCGUGGUCGAUAAGCAGGCCAAGGACAUCGCGGAACGUGAGAAAGUUGCGCUCGAAGCUCGCGUAGUGGCACUAACUCAAGAGGUGCUGACUCUCCAAAAGAGUUUGGCCCAGGUGCAUGGCCAGCUGGAGGAGGCGAAGCAUCACCUUGAUGUUGAUGGACAUAUUAUUUCGGGGGUGCAGGAGGAGCGCGGUAACUUGAAGACAUUGUUCAACAAGAAAAUGGUGGAAGUGAAAUCUCUUGAAGAUGAGCUUCAGCUUGUCCGGACUGAGUUGAAAACAGCCACAGAAGAACAUCUCCUUUUCGAAGGAAAGCACAAGGAUUGUCAGAAACGACUUGAAGAGGUUGUUCGACAGUACGAGGCCUUGAAGGAGGAAAAGAGAGUCUUAGAAGAGGAACACAAAACCUGUCAAGCAGCCCAACCAGAGCCUUCUGCAGACGAAGAACCACCUGAGGAUCUCAGCAAGCCUGUCAAACCCAACAAAGUCACACUCAAAAACCCAAUCAAGAUUGCCGGAAGCUUACGUGGAGCGCGGAAAGAGAUCGAUGACAAAUUUUGGGAAGUCAACGUUCCUUUCCCCAUCACUAUCUUUGGCUACAAGAGCUCCAAGAUCUUCGUCAGUGACAAUGGCACAAUAUGCCUGGAUCAGGCUACACACGCAAGGGAUAAGAGGGAGGGCGAAAGAUUGCCGCACUAUGACCGCAUGCCGGUGUAUUCGCUCUUCCCUUACUGGACUGACUUGCUAAUCGCCAAAGACAUGCCUCAUGGCAUAUUCUGGGAGGUGACUGGGGCUAGUCCGAACAGAUCUCUCUCAAUAGAGUGGUAUGUCACUCGCUACCAGCACGAAGAACAAUACUUUCAUUUCAAAGUGGUGGUCGAUGAAGCGUCGCCUAACGUGGUGGCGUUCGAAUAUUACGAUGUCAGGGACAAAGGAGCCAAGGGAACCAUCGGUAUUCAAGGCCCAAAAAAUGCUCAUCUUCAGUUCUCAUACAACAAAGCAAAGUUGUAUCCCGGACUGCGACUAGUAUUUGAUACUGCCAAAAACAACAUAACUGAAUCUCGCUGUGAAGUGCCACAGUGAGACUUCGCCGAUGUUGAAGACUGCAAUCUUAGUUAGGAUAGUUGAGUCACGUAGUUGAUUUGAUCGCAAAUGAAAUUUUGUCUCUAGACUUUGUCUUCCACUUAAUCCUAAUACAAUAUUGGUAGUUGAUGUUUGUGUCGGAUCUGGCUGAUGAAGACGGUGCUCAAGUCACGACGAACAAAGAACGCUUUACGUGUGGAGUGAACGUCAUCACAUAGCCAGACUAUAUCAAAACGUGGUUAUCCUCUUUGUUAUCGUGAGUUAUUCCCCGUUGCUCUGGAUUUGUUGCUGUUGCACUGUAACAAGGUCUUUCUCGGGAUCCGCAAUGCAUCCAUAUACCGGCUAUAUAGAUAGCAUCAGCUAUCUUUCACUGCCGUACCAUGUAUUACCUGCAUACCUAGGUAGGCACUCGGGUUUCCUAGUAGUGUGCAUACAUCAAUUGUAUGUAGCUUCCAAGCCGUCAGCACGACUUCGACAAGGGUUGACCGCGUACGAUCCUGCGGGAUUGAAACAUUGACCUACUGAAGCCCAUUUAAUAUAUAAAUUAAGUGCGGGGGAUUGGAUUGCUGCGAACGUACCGCGAGUUGGCGUGAAGAUAGUACGAGUACAAUUUGCUGGCUAGUCGGCUUAUCCUCGGCUGAAUGGACCUGCCCCCACGUAAGGAUACCUCGGCUCUGUUAGAGCACCCGUCAAUGGGUCUCAAUAUUUCCACGCAUGAUAUAUAAUUCAU